AUGUAUAGUCUGAUGUGGUCGCACUUUGUAGCAACAGCCAUCAACGACUUUCCAAUCUACAUUCCACUCCUCAAUCCAACACGAUCUGAUCAUAAGAUGAUUUCGCCUACCUUUUCAUUCUCCCUUUUGGCGACGCUGAAGUUGAUAUCCGCCGCUGACCCAUCAUCAAUAUUAUUUACUGGUGGUACUAUCAUCGCUUUCGAUCACGAAGCAGACGACUUGAACGUGAUUCGCAAUGGAAGCAUUCUCAUUCAACAAGACCGUAUAACCGAUAUAUGGUCGAAUGAGGAGACUCCUUCUGUAUCGAUGCCUCCAAACACCAUGGUUGUAGAUGCAGCCGGCAAGAUCAUCGCCCCUGGCUUCGUCGAUACACACCGUCACGGGUGGCAAACCUUGUUCAAAACCAUGUUUUUGAACAUCACGCUUAUCGAAUAUUUCGGCCGCUUUGGAGAGGCAGCUUCUGCUGGACGCAUCGACGCUGAGCAAGUAUACAUCGGUCAGCUCGCUGGCCUUUACGAAGCGCUGAAUGCGGGUACUACCACUUCACUUGAUCACGCUCACCAUACUUGGUCAGAUAGGACGGCUUGGGCUGGCUUGAAUGCCAGUAUAGACAGUGGCGCACGUGUAUUCUGGUCUUACGCCUUCCAUGAAGUAGCCAACUAUACCAUCCGGCAGCAGCUUAUCAACUAUCGCGAUAUAGUGGGCCUUGCUCCACAGAAGGAUACGGCGGUCGAGCUCGGUAUUGCUUUUGACGUUGUGGUGUGGGACGGAACCAGUCCCAGCAUGUUAGGCUGGCUUGACCCCGUGGCGGCAAUCAUUCUGCACUCUAACGUUGGUGAUGUGGAGCAUGUCCUUGUCGAUGGCAAAUUUGUGAAAAGGGAUCACAAACUGGUUGUUGGAGACUAUGGUAGUGUCAAGUCAAGAUUUCUAGAAGCUGUGAGGCGCAUACAGGAGGACUGGCGACAAAUUCCCCGGCCUCAGCUUGAUCGACGUACUUCAGCGGGUGCCUUGAUUGUUCAACCAGACCAGGUCGAUGUUACAGCCAGAAAUGGUACUGGUUAUGGCCAAAUAUAUGUCUCUAAUUAG